CAGCCCUAAUGUCCAUCCUCGCGGGAGCGUUCAGUAGAGAUUUCAUGGCCAAGAAUCUACUAAUGCCCUUCUGGACGAAACUACGCCCAGAAACGAUGUUAUAGGCGAUGCUGCUCGGUUGAUCGGACGUUCUUAUCCUUUUGUUGUCUUUUGACUGACGCAUGACAGAAAAGCAAUGGUCCUCUCUUUGUCUAUAUAAAUCGAGUAGAAGUGCCUUUUUUUGGCAGUUGUAUCACUCAACUCGAGACGUGUCGCAAACCAUGGCUAUUGCACCCAACGACUGAAUAUACAUCAUGAGUGUCCAAAUAUCCAACCCCGAAGAGGCAAACUCGCCCAUCGUGAAAGACCUCCAAGAUUCCAGCCCAACCAACGGGAAGCCUGACGAUGUUUCAAGCACUGGCUGGAGCGAUCCAGACGACAAGGACAUACCCUUUAAUUGGCCCGAGUCAAAGAAGUGGACUAUCACACUGAUCGCAUUGAUCGGAACACUGAUCUUGCCGUGGAAUGGAACCUCCAUCACCGUCGCAGCUCGCGAGAUCAACGCCGAGUUUGGAGUCAGUGAUGAUCCUUUUCCUCACAGUUACUGGGCCGUCACAAGCUGGAGUCUCGGAGGAGCCGUCUGUAUCAUCUUUGCAUUGCCGCUACUGGAAGAUUUCGGCGUUCGAAUUGGCCACAUCGUUUCAUACAUUGUGUUCCUGAUCUUCAUCAUCCCGCAAGCUCUGGCGCAGAACUUUGCUACUUUGAUUGUCACACGAUUCAUUACAGGCGGCUGUGUGGCGCUCGUGGCCAACACCGCCGCUAGCAUCAUUCCUGAUCUCUGGCAGGAUGAGAGGGCCCGUAGCGUCCCUGUCAGCAUUUAUAUCUUCUUCUACGUUGCAGGAAGUACGCUUGGUCCACCCUUGUUCGCCGGAGUUAUGCAGAACAUUGGAAAUUGGCGUUGGAUUUUUUACAUUCAGCUCAUCGUUUAUGGGGCCUGUUUGCCGAUCUUCGUCAUCUUCCUUCGAGAAACUCGAGCGCACGUCAUCCUUCGAAGACGACUCAAGUCGAGACAUCAAGAGAGCGCCUUGAAGCUGAAGAAAUCUGGUAACGAAUCAGUCCCGCCCCUCUGGCGUCGCCUACUGAAGUCGAGCUCCCGCCCAAUCUAUCUUCUCUUCACAGAGCCUGUGCUCUUCGCCGCUACAAUGUGGUCAGCUUUCGCCUUCGGCCUGGUCUACCUCUUCACGCAAUCUGUGGAACAGGUCUUUGCCGGCUUAUACGGCUGGUCCGCCUACAGCACAGGUUACGUCCAAUUCGCAAUUGUGAUCGGCGAAUUCCUCGGCUUCAUAGCAUGCCUCUUCCAGCACCGCCUCUUUUUCCGCUCCGCUGCCCGAAACAAGGAAUUCCCAGGAACGCCGAUUCCGGAGGGUAGGCUAUACAUGAGCGUUUUCGCAUCAUUCUUCGGCAUGACGGGCGGGAUGUUCGUCUAUGCCUGGACAUCGUACCCGGAGCUACCAUGGAUCGUCCCCACGAUUGGAUUGGCGAUGGUGGGCUUCGGUGUGCAGAUGGUGAUCACGGCCGCGUCGGACUACGUAUGCGAUGCAUACGCUGCUUCGGGCUUCGCGGGUUCGGCGAUCAGUGCGGUGGCUGCGAUGGAAAAUGUCACUGCUGGUCUCUUGCCGCUUGCGACCAAGGCGCUGUAUUCCAAUCUUGGUUUCCAGUGGGCGAGCACUCUCAUUGCCUUCCUCGCGCUGAUGCUGAGCUUCGCACCUGUCCUAUUUCUCUGGAAAGGCAGGCAGUUUCGAGCUCGCAGCCCGUUCAUGCUCGCGGGACAAUCACAAUGAGCUAUCGAGACGGGUGGACGAAUGGAUGGACUGAUAUGACAACUGUAACAAUUGAAUAGUCAUCUUGAAAAUUGCAAUAAAUGGGUCUUUCUUUCGAGCUCAAACUCAAACUUUUCCAAACACCGUCUGUUUCAUAUCCGCCAGAACAGUAGCAUAUCGCUUCCGCAUUCCC